AUACAUUCAUACUGAGCAACAGUAACAUCGGUUAUACCCUGGAACACUCGGCACCAGAAGGAUGGCUUUUAGGAGACUCUGGGUAUGGCCAACACCAGUUCCACAAGCUCAAUCACAGAAAGAGGAAAGAUACAACACCUCACACUGCAGGACCCGAAACACGGCAGAGAGGGCUUUUGGCUUACUGAAAUCAAGAUUCAGAUGUCUGCACAAAUCAGGAGGAUGGUUGUGGUAUAGCCCUGCCAAGUGUCACAAGAUAGUUUAUGCCACAUGCCAGCUACAUAACUACUGUAUCCAACUGAGGUUGCCAGCACCACCAGAUGAAUAUGAUGAAGAUGAUGAUGAUGCUGUUGAUAGCAUGGUCAACUACCAUGGUCCAGCAGUGUGUGAUGGAAUUUGUCUUCGCAGGAAUGUAAUUGGUGAAUUCUUUUAAGUCAUUUGAGAAUCAACAAGAGUAAAAACACAACAACAGUUAAAGGCAAAAAGUUAUAUUUUGGACAUGAAUUGUGUUAACCGCUUGGUUCACAAAUACUCUUAAUAAAUACAAAGAAUUAUCAUAUUGAUUCAAAUUACACGUGUUAGUCUAUAUUGAAAACUAUGUGGAUUAUUGGAUUUUCAUAAUUUCUUAUUACUUUAAUAAUGUAGCAUAUCUGAUACUUUGGGCAUUUGAGGCAAAUGUAUUAUAUUUGCUUCAUGUUAUUAAACUUUUCUAAUACAUUUUUAUGAUUAUCUGUACAAAAAUAAGCAUUGUAUUCAUGGGUGAAACUACAUGGACCGUACUUUGUGGGGAGGUCUAAGGGAGGUAAUUACACCCGACCCAUAUUAAAAAAGCAAAGAAAUACUGUUUUAAUUCUUUUUAAUGUCAUUUUUGUUUUAAUGUACAAGAAUCAGACCCUAUAUACUGUGUUAUCAUACAUUUUUCUACCCCUCCCUACAGCCUUACGAUUCCAUCACAUAUCUUAUGACACAAAAAAGUAAUGUUUCAUUGGCAUCCUUCUGUUUUUGAAUCACAAAACACCCUAUGUUCAUAGGUAUAUUUCUUUCAUUCUCGUGUGUUUGAUUAAAUAUAAAUAAUUUUUAUAAAUACAUAUAUUAAAAAAACAUAGACAUUCGAAAGUGUUCCAUACCAAGGGGAGUUUUAUGGGUUUACACAUCAAUGCCAUCUGUUUGUGACAAA